CAAGCCUCAAGUGGCUGUUUAAGGAACUGAAGUUUUUGGCACUUCCACAAUGGCUUCAACUUCACAACUACGGAGGUUGCUGCUUGUCAGUAUUCAUCCAUAAAACAUUAUCCUCCAUAUGGUUUUUUAUUAAUAUGCUGCCCUGUUGAUAGAACUUGAACUGGCUGUUCAAGUUCUGUGUUCGUCUUGUUCAUUUUUAAUGUGUUCAUGGGUAUAAACAAUAAUGAACAAUGCCAAAGGUCUGCUGCAGUCUUGUGUGUUGGUUAAACAGUUUAACUGUAACAAAUAGUAUUCGUAUAGUUAGCCAAAUUCAGCAGUAUCGAGUAGCACUGAGUGGUCAACUGUGUUUUGUGUGACUUCAGCUACUGUUCUGUGCUAUCUGUCUGAGCAGGUGGUGACACUGCAGAUAUGGAUGUUGGAGAUGGUUUCGACAUUGCAAAUGGGAUUUUGGAUGCAUCACUUUCAAUUGGAACAACAAUAGCUACCACAAUACCGACACAACGCAGGUGCACAGUUGAGCUCACAAAUGAGAGUUCUCACUACAGUCUUUGCAACCCCAGAGUAUACAUCCAUAGUGGACGCUGCAGGAUCCCUUUUCCGCCUCGCAUUCAACCGUCAUCGACCGGGCAGGCAUUGUUCAGCAAGGUUCCGAACACAGCAACUGGAUCUAUUGGCAUCUUCACCUACGAUCUCCACAAUAUUUCGACAAAAACCUCCUCCAUGAAAAUAGCUGUGCUGUUUCAGGUGCCCUUUAACCUUCAACUGAAAUCCAACAUGUACGCUGUGGGAAUCCUUGACAUCAGCAGAGAGUGUAACCGUGAUCUUUUUACUGAGAUGUCCAAAAGUACAAACACAACGUUUGUCAGAGGCAAAGCAAAAGGGCCCUCUCUCACUCACUCAAGCCAAAAUGUUACCAUCAUGGCAACAAUGUCUAACUGCUACGAGCCUGUUAUGAAAGUGCACGUCUGUGACGACUAAGUGAAGGAAAUGUGAUGUGAAUGCUUUGUUUUUCUUUUUAGGGGUUAGGGUUAGGUUUCUGGGUGAUUUGGUGAUAACAGUCUGAUGUGUUGCAUCUAAGGUAGUUUUUUUUUACCUGUUUUCACUGCUGUAUUGUGUUUUUGUUGCCUCUGGCUUAAUCAAUGUUUUUUUUUUUUAUUGUUCUUUUCAUUAUCUGUGCUUACAAAUAAGGUUUCAAUUUGUAUUUUAGCAUCAGUGAAUUUGUCAGCAACAUGGCUACAUAGAUGCAGGUGUUCCCCUUUCAGCACCACUAUCAGGCUUCGUAUCUUCGUAUUUAGAGCUAAUUAGCAAAUGUCAGCAUGCUAAUACACUAAACCAUAAUGUUGAACAUGUUAGCAUUAAAGCUAGUUAGCAAGCAGGUGUUAGCAUUUCUCUCAGAGCAUCGCUCACUAGCCUCAAAGAGCCAUUAGCGUAGCUGUGGACACCUCUUAUAAAUAAGUAACAAUGACAAAAGAUUUUUCUGGAGGUGAAUU